UAGUCAGGAGGAAAUGGUAUGCAGCUCCGGCUGGGGUGUGCCUUCCUCUGUCCCGUAGCUAUCGUCACAUCUGUUGGUAUUUACAGCAAGAGCAACAACAACAACACGUUUUCAACUUGAACACCGGGCUCUGGUUCAUUGUUCUGUGGAGGUAUCUCUGCCCGGUAUGCCCGAACAACACCACUGACACACGGGUAACGGCUGAAGAUGGCUUCGGUGCGGAUGGUCGGCAAAGUUACGGCGAGACUUUUGGGAAGUCUUCAGCCUCUUCACUGCGGGCUCAGAACUACACGUCCGGCUACAUUUCUUCACCAAGUUCACCAGAGGCAGCCUCUACUUGGAAAUUGUCAAUCACUUUUCUACAGUACACUCACACCCUCCAGUGACGUGUCUUUGAAGUACAAAUAUGGCCGCCUGGUUCUGGAGGUCCCGCUGCCAUCCAGGAAUGAGAAGUGUCUGUUCUUCCUCAGACCCAUGCUGAUGAACGUGGGAGACCUGAUCACAGAUCUGCAGAAAGAGGACCCCGGAGUGACUGCAUCUGUUCUCUCCAAGGAUGGAGAGCGAGUGGCCAACACCACGUUGAUCGAUGCCCUGCUGGAUAAAGACUUCCAACUCGUCAUUAACGAUGCAGUUUAUGACGUCCACUCGCCUGAAAAGGUGUGUACGUCCAGUGAGCACGCCAUGGAGAUGGAGGACAUGAAGCACGUGGUGCAUCUGCUGCACACAGCGCUCCACCUGCCUGAACACCACCUGCUGAAGGAGAGGGAGCUGCUAGAGAAACUGGACAACCUCAAACAGGAACUGUCACCUUUAGAGAAGAUGAAGGCACAGUUGUCCCACAAAGCAGAGUUCCAGGCAUCCAGGGUACUCUGGGCCGGCAUGGCAUUGUUGUCUGUGCAGGGUGGUGCUCUGGCCUGGCUCACCUGGUGGGUCUAUUCUUGGGACGUAAUGGAGCCCGUAACUUACUUCAUCACCUACGCCACCAGCAUGGGAGCCUUCGCCUAUUACGUCCUCACCAAACAGGAUUAUGUGUACCCAGAUGCUAAAGACAGACAGUUCCUGCGUUACUUUUAUAAAGGGGCCAGCAAGAAGAAAUUCAGAGUGGAAAGAUACAAUGAACUAAAGGAUCAACUGGCUCAGGUGGAGGAGGACCUGAGACGUCUGAAAUACCCGACUCAACUUCAGCUGCCACUGGACCAGAUCCAGCCGAAGCCAUGAACGAAGCCAAGCCAUGAGGAGACGUCUCUCUCUUUCUCACAUGAGCAAAAACAACUCUUAACGACUCUCCUUUUUACCAGGAUCCAUGUCAUUCUGUGUUUUGUUUACAAUCUUGAUAAUGAUGCUAAUUCUGUCUUUGAGAAAAAUACAAACACUGAGAACUAUUGCAAUAAAAAUUAUUUCCCAAACACUGGGAAAAUCUCCUG